CUUUAAAUUUGGUUGUAUAUUGUUAUAAGACUUUCAGGCCAUCACACAAACCAUAACUACUCCAUGUUUGAUUAACCAGAUGAUAGCUGACGCGUGACUUAUGUUGACAGCUAGCAUGAAGUUUCGCGGGGACUCACCACGACACCACCCAGCUCACACUACACCGUAAAGAGGACUGUGUUCGCUCGUAGUUUGAGAACACUGCCCAAACCUUGCGUUUACUGUAUAUUCUCUAUCAUAUUUAGUGAUAGAGAAUAUACAGUAAACGGACACCGGGAUGUAGUUAAACUGACCAAGCUGUCCAGAGGCCUAAAGCUGGUAUCUGCUGCAGCACCACCGACUGAAUGCAUUAAGCGCCGACUGUUACACUGAGCUAAGCCUGAAAUAUUGCUAGGCCAGAGUUGCCAAAUAUGUGAUUUAUCCUUUCUAAAAUUUAACGCUUAUAAAAUAAGCUUUCUUUUAAAAGCGAUCUAUGUCGAUAUAUACCCAUUAGCUAUGCGAACAAUAUUCCUAUCUGGGUCAACGGCCGUAACUAUUUCUGAUUGUGGUGGCUAAAUCCUUAGCUUAGCUUAGCUUAGCUAAAUUAGCCAGUGUGGCCGGAGAGCCGACGGUUAGCGCGCUGGUAGUUAGCUAACACCGUUGCGCACACUCGUACAUUAACUCUUGUCGGUCUCUCCUACAGGCUACAAAUACCUAAAUAGUCAAGGCUGCUCAAGUGUACUGUUGUUUCCAUUGUUUUCAUUACAAGACCUAAGACCUAGCGAAUGCAAGAAUGAACGCAAAAGCAGCAGCCAGUGCUCCGUCCCUCCUACCACGCAGAACAAACGAUAUAUUCAUCUGCUCCAGCUUGCAGUUGCCGAAACUCCCCGUAGGAACUCCUGGGUACUUUUCCCCACCGUUCCAGCCGCUGAACACAAUGCCAUUCAUGCUACGGGGAGAAAACAGGCGAAGUGCCUGCUCCGUUGACUCAACAAUGUGGAGAACGUGUAUUUUUUGCGCAUGGAGUCUACUGUUCUUGACAGAGAUUUGUGCGCAGUCUCAGCGAAGACCAAGCUUCACAUGCGGCGGAAACAUUACUGGAGAAUCUGGAGUAAUCGGGAGUCAGGGGUACCCAGGAGUUUACCCUCCAAAUACGAAAUGUGUGUGGAGGAUCACAGUCCCUGAGGGAAAGGUGGUGGUCCUGUCAUUCCGCUUUAUUGACUUGGAGAGCGACAACCUGUGCCGGUAUGACUAUGUGGAUGUUUACAGUGGCCAUGUCAAUGGGCAGAGACUCGGUCGCUUCUGUGGGACGUUCAAGCCGGGGGCUCUGGUUUCCACGGGCAACAAGAUGCUCAUGCAGAUGGUAUCUGAUGCCAACACAGCUGGGAGUGGCUUUCUGGCUGUUUUCUCUGCUGCCCACCCACAUGAGAGAGGGGACCAGUACUGUGGAGGCAGAUUAGACAAGCCCUCUGGGACCUUCAAAACGCCCAACUGGCCUGAGAAGGACUACCCUGCUGGUGUCACCUGCUCCUGGCACAUAGUGGCACCAAAGAACCAGAUUAUUGAAGUCAAGUUUGAGAAGUUUGAUGUGGAAAGAGAUAACUACUGCCGCUAUGACCACGUCUCCAUUUUUAAUGGGGCAGAAAUCAACGACGCCAAGAGGAUUGGCAAAUACUGCGGAGACAGCCCCCCAGCGCCGGUGUUUUCAGAGGGGAAUCAGCUUCUAAUCCAGUUCCUGUCAGAUCUCAGUCUGACCGCAGAUGGCUUCAUUGGACACUACAAGUUCAGACCAAAGAAAUUCCCCACCACCACGAUACCACCCACCACUACCACACAGCCAGUCACCACCAGGCCCUUACCUCUGAAGUACUCUGUUGCCCUGUGCCAGCAGAAAUGUAAAAGACAAGGAACACUCGAGAGCAAUUACUGCUCCAGCAAUUUCGUGAUAACCGGGACUGUCAUUACCGCGGUGACAAAAGGAGGAAGUAUGUACGCUACUGUCUCCAUCAUCAAUGUGUAUAAAGAAGGCAGUCUGGCCAUCCAGCAGGCAGGAAAGACGAUGAGCACCAAAAUCAUUAUCCUGUGCAAGAAGUGUCCAUUUAUCAGAAGGGGUUUGAACUACAUCUUCAUGGGCCAAGUGGACGAGGACGGCCGGGGGAAAAUCGCCCCUCACCACUUUGUUAUGGCCUUUAAGACAAAGAACCAGAAAGGACUUAAUGUUCUGAAAAACAAGCGAUGCUGAGUUCCAGAAGCUCCAGAGAAAGAUCUCCACUGGACAGGUGAACCUGAAGGAGGCUCAGCCAUGGAUGGAUCUCCAUCUCAACCACACAAACACAGGCCAGAAAAACAUAGCUGAAUCACAAUGACAUAAAAUCUGCAUGAUUCACUCAGUUAGAAGCAACUCAGACUUUUGUAUUUAUUCAUUUUGCUCUUGUUCGCAUGUUUUUGGAAUAAACAAGAAGACAUUAAAUUCCUCCACUCUAUCAAGAACAGUCACAUAGUCUGUUAGGUUAAUCAGCAAUGAAAUGAGUUGAAAUUUCCAUCCCUAUUCUCACCCCAUUCUCACUGUGUAGUCACAUUCCUGUCUUGCCCCUUGCAGGGAAUUAAAUUUUAGUGAGUAACAGAGGUAGAAUAGGGAAUAUAGCAAUUCAGAGAGACAUGUUUCAUAAGACAAGACUAUGAGAUUAAUCAGAUUGUGAGUUUUCGGUGUGCACAUCUGUACUGACAUUCUACGAAAUUUAGUAUGCAUUAAACAAAUCAAAUCUGUCUGCCAGAAUAAUCUCAAAUUUCACAAGCAUAAUUAAUAUCCAUAAUGGAUUUAUCACAGCCACUAGCUGUAGUUUUAAUGACUGCUAACAACCUGCAGUUAUUUUCUAUGUUCAACAUCGGUGGACAGGAUUAGGAAGUUGUUAAAUGCUGAUAAAAAGUGCAAUAUUUAAUAUAUAAAUCAUUCUCUUUUUUUUUAAAGAUUUUUAGGCUGGUUGUAUGUGGGACAAAUGAGGACCUUCCUAGCUAAAGCUCGUUCCUUCGAUUUGUUUGCAAAUGCAAAGCGCUGCCAUCAGCAUAUAUCAUUAAACUACAUUGUUUUUAAAGGCAGAGGAAUGAAAUGAAAAAUAUUUUCAUAAGAAAAUGUCUGUGAAUAUUAUUUAUGUUUUAUUGUUGUCAUCUGUCCAAAUAAAAUUCUUUUAACAUUU